AUGGCACCGUGGAUCAGGAUGUGCAGCUGGGGCACGUACAAGGACUGUGACGAGGGCCUCGCCUACGUGCAGGGACAGCUGGCAUUAGGUGUUGCAUGCUCUGAUGCUGAUGUCGUAGGCUCGUACAGGAGAAUCCUUGAACUGGGCACAUGGCGUCUGGACACGGGCUGUGUCAUAGUUCCGUGGUUCCUGCAACCGUACCUGGCCACGUCAUCGAUAACGUUGUCCGAGGACCUUGCCAGACGAGCUGUGGAAUGCAAGGCACGGUUGCAGAUACUUGAGCCGCCGUCGACUGGUGCUGGUGACUGUAAGCUGAACAGGCACAGGGACAGAUGCCAGGUCAUGGGCAGAUACGCUUCGAUCUGCACGUCGAUUGCGUCCACUGACUGGUUGCUCACGGGCACUGGCACGAUGACGUUCUGCAACCUGGCAGGGUCCACGCUCACGUUCACGAUGGCCUUGCCGAUGGCUGAGAUCGUGCACUGUACACCUGGACCCGAGUCGAUAGCCUGCCUCAGGCCUCGGAUCAGCUUCCAGGUUCUGCCAUGCACCGCUCAGAUGCUAAGGUUGGCAGCUCAUUGUCCAGUACACCUGCGCGAUCGAUCCACUGCCGUCAACUUGGACGCCAGCAGGCAGGGCGUGACCAUGAACCUGCGUGGCGUGAACCUUGUCGAUACGUACCAUUACUUGGACAAGCUGCACAGGCAAGAGUGGCAGGGCACGUCACUUGCAGCAGUAGCAGAACGCGUGGGCUUGCCAAGGAAGCUGAGUUACCUGUCACCGUCCUUCUCGCCAUCGUUCAAUGAUCCAAUCGACGCCUUGAUCCUCUCCAUGUAUCCGACCAUCAUGCGAGAUCUGAACGUGUCAGUGGAGACUGAGACACACAAGCACGUGCCAGGGUACGAGGACCUUGGCAACGGAUCAAUGGCCUGGACCAAUGACGUGUGCACGAUCGUAACAGACGAUGGGCCCGUGUCAUUCGAUAGGACAACGCCCGGUGUCCUCCGCCAGUGCCUGGAGGCGUUGAUUGCCAAACGUGAGGAGGUAGGUCGCAAGAGCACGAUGGGCUGGUCGUUCAAGGUCGCCGUCCUCAGUAUCUAUGGCGAGCUCGGGGCCAAGGACUCGUCAUUCUCAUCAAGGACGUGUGCAUCUGCUGUGACAACGGCUGGCAGAUGGGUCCUGACAUCGAUCAGCGCCAUUGCAGUGGUCACGGGCCUGAGACCUGUGUACGGUGACACGGACUCGGUCUUCGUAACAUUGCCAGGGUCAUCGUACGGGUUGCAGGAAUUCGAGAGCAGGGUGAGAACAUUCGCCAACUACGUUGGCGCAGUCUUCAAGCGUACUCCUCUCGUGUCAUUGAACCUCGAAUCAGAGGCCACGUACCUGCAACUGAUCUGCGUGGGCAAGAAGGCGUACUGUGGCAUGCAUACCAAGUUCGGCUCCUGUGGCAAGGAUCCCGUCUGGCAUGCAAAGGGGCUAGCAUCGGUCAGACGUGACAGGCCCAGGGCGGCGCAGGCAUUCAUGGAGAUCGUAGCCCUUGCCAUCUGUCAGGGCAAACCGACUCUGGCCGGUGCAAUUGACAGCCUGCAACAGCGCGUGGUCGGUGCAUAUGACAAUGGCACGUUGCUGACAGCCUAUGCAUGGACUGCGGUCAAGGAGGCGUCCCAGGCAAUGGACAAUCCCUACUGGCAGGACGUGUUCCAGCCCAUCAAUGAGGUGACCAAGCACCAUGGCAUCCUUGGAACACUGUCAGAUUGCCAGGUCAUUGACAUGAUCCCAGGCGAGGAGUCCAGCACACCUGACAUGGAAGCACGCCAGCCUGUGACUUGGACGGAGGGCUUCAUCGAUUGCCUGUACACGCCUGCGUCCGUUGAAGCUGGCAGGAUACGUCGUCUUGCGCACGGUGUCAGGCUCCUGGUGGAGGACGCACGAAUGCUGGACCAGUUGCAGUUGAUCUUGAACCAUGCCAUAGCUCACGUGGGCAGUGAUCACAGUGACAGUGACGGGUGGCUGCUGUGCUGGUCUGGUUACGUGGUCAGGGUCUCAUUCGAGCACGUCUCGGCCAUUGUCUCGGCCUGGAGGUCACCUGAUCUGCAGUCCUCGGACGUUCCCGGCCCGCUACUGCACCUGUUCAAGCAGGCCAAGGUCGUGUGCCUUGUGACGUGCACCGGUGUCAUGGUCAGGCACCUUGACGGGGCCGAUGCAACGUUGCCAGGUGUCUGGAUCGAUAACUUGACUUGGCACUCGGAUCGCGUGACAAGGUUGCUUGAACACGUGCUGCCUGACAGGGACAACGAGACACAGGCCCACGAGUUCAUGUGCACGACCGGCCGUCUGAUACCGUUCAUCACAAGGGACGAGCCUCCAAGACCACUGCUCGCGUGUUCUAUGGCCAGUCAAGCCCUGUGCAGGCCAUACGUGAAGCUGUCGUCGACUGUGUCCCCAGUGAAUACGUACGUGCCCAUUGUCAGGACGCAGCUGUUGCAUGAUCUGAUCAGUGAGCUAGACCCAUCAACCGGACUGAGUUUCCCAGGCAUCAGUCUCAUGGCACUGUUCCAUAACGAGCCCUGCAACUACGAGGACGGUGUCAUCGUAUCUGACCAGAUCAAUGCACAGGGGCUCAUGGCACAUGAAGGCGUGAUCUUCCAUCCGAUGCCUCAUGACGCUGGUGACCUGGUCGGGACAUCGAUCGGGCCAGACACGGAAUGGUGGCGACCUGCAGACUCAGGCCACGUCUAUGCCCAGUCCUACAGCAGCCAGCGAAUGCGGUACGUGGCUGUGAGGAUGCAGUGCAACGACCUGCGCAUAGGUGACAAGCUGGCCACGUGGCACGGUCAGAAGUUCACGAUAUGCGAGAUCAGGCCCCAUGAGCAGAUGCCGUUGUGCACGUGCCAGAGGACGGGUUCGGUGUUCAGACCACAGAUCAUCAUCGCCUCCAGUUCAGUGCACGACAGGCUGACACUUGGCCAGGUGUUCGAGGCAGGGCUUGCGGCGACUGUCUGUGAUCCAGCCGACUGGGACUCAAGGACACAGUACGAGCCCAUUGUGCUGCAACAGGACUGGCCCAGCACCUUGGACCGCAGCACGUUGACGCGCACGUGUACGAUUCAGUAUCCUGGUGCAGUGGGCAGACAACAGGGCCCAGUCCAUCAGAACGGUGCAUGGACCGCUGGUGCCGUAACAGCUAACUACGGCCCGUGCUGGAUCUGGCAACUGGUACACUUGGUCCGUGACAAGCAGCAGUACUGUAGCAAGGUGCCCACGUCCCUGAUGAUGCCACGUGGUCGACUGCGUGGUGCACCGGUCCGAUUGGGCGAGAUGGAACAACAGGCGCUUGUCAUGGCCGGCUGUCCCAGGUUCGCAGAAGAGCUGGUGCAGAGUGCUGACCUGUGUACUGCCUACGUCUGCGGCAAUUGCAGGAGGCUCGUGGAACUCUGUGACUGUUCCACUGACACCGUUCCAGUCCGCAUGUGCAUCAGGAAGACGGUCGCAGUUUUCGACAUCUGCCAGGCAGUCGCUGACUUGAACCUGUCACGUGCAGGCGUCAGGCAAUCUGUGCCCUCGUCAAUUGCCUACGAUCCUUGA